AGGAUCUUUUCUCUUUAGCCAGUUGACUGAGCUAACGCUUCUUGUAUCGUGCAAAUGAUUUAGUGAUGGACUUAGUGAGCGAGAACGUUUACCAGCAGAACUGGAUCUGGCCACACUACAGCGACUGCUUCCGGAAGUUGAUGUCUCACGAUUUGUCGGAAACAUCAGUGAUUUCCUGGGGGAAGAGAAACCGACGAAGGAGGAGUGCCUACCUCAGCCUUUACCGUGUGAUCAUACCAGCAAAUACCGCACAUUCUCGGGAUGGUGUAAUAAUCUGAAAUUCCCUCAUUACGGCAAUGCAUUUGCGCCUAUGCGUCGCCUACUGGAUCCGGUUUACGACGACGGUUUCGACAGCCCACGAACAGUCGGACGUAAUGGACGUAAGUUAGCAUCGGCACGGACAAUAUCCAAUGCAGUGCAUGCGGACGCACCAAUAUUCCAUGUGAAGUACACGCAUAUGCUGAUGCAGAUAGGGCAAAUAAUUGACCACGACUUCGCACAUUCUCCGGUUUCCAGAGGUCCCGGAAAUACCAUACUGAACUGCAGCCGGUGUGAUUCCGCAAAAACUUUAUCCGUACACUGCUUCCCGAUACCCAUCGAGCAUGGCGAUCCUCAUUUUCCUCCUACACAUAAUAAUGGUGAACCGCGAUGCAUGCCGUUUGCUAGAUCUCUUUUGGGUCAGCUCACUCUUGGAUACAGAAAUCAGGUUGGUUUAAUUUUGUAUUGUUGCACGGCAAGAUCAGCACUGGUUUUUAUACGUUCUUGCAAAUAUGCAAAUGCAAAAAAGCAUAUUGUGACGACCCCUGUGUGCAUGUGUUUGUGUAUUUGUGUGCGUCUGUCGAGGUAUUUCAACUCAAUAACCAAACAAGCUCCUGCGCUAAAAUUUUGCCAGAGGGUUUCCUGGCCAAGUGCCACCCCAGGACAGCGAUGCCAACCUUCACGCAUAUCUGGGUCUCGCGGACGUGCACGUAAAAGUUUUGGUGGGCAAAUCGCUAACUCGAAAACCAGAAAGGCUGGAAGGCUGAAGUUUUAAGG